CUCAAAAGCUAAAGACUAUAAAAGACACCACAACACCACCAAGACCACUUCUCUAUCUUCAUAUCUGCAAGUUCUCCUCCAGUAUUCGGUUCUUUGUACACGGUACGGAUAUCAUCGAUUUUUCACCAAAUCAGGAUUCGAUCGUGACUUCAUUUGCCCGUGGUAGCCACACCUCAACCGCCCCUCUUCCCUAGUGUUGCAUGUGGCGACCUCGUCUCCCUGUCUAUCUGGGCAACAACUUCCAAGUCUUGAUACUGCCGUCGGCGGCUGGUAAUGCAUCACUACAGCUACUGUGAUAGGCGUACCUGCGUAUCGUUGUCACCAUGUCAUUCGUGAAGCUAUCAAAAUGCCCAUCGAACCCCGAGAUCCCUUCCUUUCACCAUGUUCGCCCCAGGUUCCACCACAACAACACUCAUGAUCGAAUCCGUGAAGGCUCCGACAGACAUCCCUCACUUUCUAUGAUGACUGGGAAGAUCAAGAAGGGCAGGAAAUCAGUAUUCAAAGAAUUGGACCUGGACACCGAUCAACCUUUCCACCACUACCCAGGCGAAAGAGAGUUCGGCGAGAUCACCGGACUUCGUACAGACAACGAGAGUGACGACGGCACCAGUUACAGGCAAUCUGGGUCCAUGAAAUCGCCAACAACACCAACAUCGCCCUCGUCUAGAAGACCUUGGUAUUCGAAACUUAGUCCAGGAAAAAGACCACGCAUCAGCUCGACUUCCAGUGCGCCACCUCCUGGCAUGUCGAGCUUUACCAGGCUUACAACGCUUGCCUUGUUCAUUGCCGUGGUGAUACCGGGCUUCAGUUACUACAACGGUCGUGAAAAGGUGUCACUCAGUGGGGCCGAUGCUGGAGUGAUUCGAGAAGUGGUACAACCAAGCGGCCCUAUCCUCGAACCAAGGGCAGAUAGCUCAACCGAUUACUGCGCGAGAUGGGCAGGACAAAGCGCUUCGGUCAACGGGACAUUGUACCUCUAUGGUGGUCAGUCCAAAACAUCCCCAGACCAGACUACGGAUACCUGGAAUAACGACUUCUACGUUCUGGAUCUCACAAAGUCAUGGGAUACCGGUUCACCACGACUGCGGGGACUACCCAGGCCUUCAGGACCCCCUGCCGUGUCGAUGGGAUACCUCUGGAAUGACUACAACAAUCUUUACCUGUACGGUGGUGAAUUCGCUGACAACCCCUAUGCCGAACCUACCGAAGAGUCCAUCUGGAAGUACGACAUCAAGAACCAAAAGUGGACAGAGUACAAGCAACCAAAAACUUCUGCCGGCAAGUACUCGACCCAGGGCGACCUGCUUGUCCAGAGAUCGGCUGAGGGUUCUGGUAUCUCGGUGCCUGAAAUGGGAUUAAGUUGGUAUUUCGGUGGCCAUCUCGACCUCGCAACAACGCCUGGAUGGUCGAAUCAGAUACCUCGGGUCUAUUUGAAGAGUCUCCUCGAGUUUACACAUCCGGGAUACAACAACGAGGCCGUCUACGGGUUAGAGGACAAGGGAGCGGGCGAAUGGGGCGCCUUUAGGAACAUUACCGAAGGCGGUCUCCAAACAGACCAAGUUUUCCACGAACGCGCAGAUGGUGCCCUGGUAUACGUGCCAGGCUGGGGUGAGAAGGGUAUCCUUAUUGGCCUGGCGGGUGGUACGGCUGAUGAGUUCUCCGACAACCUCGAGGUUUUGGAUGUCUAUGAUAUCGCCAGCUCGGAAUGGUACCACCAGAAGACCAGCGGAGAUGCGCCAUCGGUACGAGUUAAUCUUUGUGCUGUCAUUGCUUCAGCACAGGACUUCUCAAGCUUCCAGAUCUAUGUGUUCGGCGGUCAAAAUCUUCAACCAGCUAAAGAACAAACGCAGUACUCAGACAUGUACAUCCUUUCCAUCCCAUCCUUCACCUGGGUGAAGGUCUCCGACGACGACGAUGAACACAAACCUUCGGCCCGCGCCGGCCACGAAUGCCACCUCCGUGACGGCCAAAUGAUCGUCGUCGGCGGCUACACCGGCGGUCAAACAUGCGACUCGCCCGGCAUCUAUGUAUUCAACGCCACCUCCCUCACCUGGCAAUCCUCAUUCAAAGCCCUCGACCACGACCCCGACCUCCAUCCCGAAAACUCCGUCCUCGGCAACUCCUUCGGCUACCAAGUCCCCGCCCCAGUCGCCAGCGUCAUCGGCGGCUCCGGCUCCGGCGGCGCCACAGCCACCCAGCCCGCCGCGGGCUCCGCGACCGCCGGCCCCUUCGCAACCGGCAAAUCGCCCGUUCUAACCAUCACCGCCACCGCAUGGGGCCCCGGAGCCACCACCACCGCCAAACCGGGAGACCCGGGCAACCCCAACACCGAAACAAAAGGCAAGGACCGCAAGGCGGGGCUCAUAGCUGCCGGCGUCAUCGCCGGCCUCUUGGGUCUCCUCGCCAUCUACCUCGGCUACUGCGCCUGGCUCUACCGCCGCCAGGUGCGCGCCUACAAGACCCAUCUGGCCGUGGCCAACCGGUACUCCACCCCUCACCACCCCGGCGCUUCGACCGCCUCUGGUCUGGCCGCUUUCUUCGGCUUCGGCAGCGUCGGGAGAAAGACGAGCAAGCAGAGCCGCAAGUCUGCUACAACCGAUCCCCUUAACUCCAACGGAGCAGCAGCAGCGGCCGGAACAGCAAGUAACCGACCAAUCUCCCCCUCCAACAGCUCCAUCAUCUCCUACUCCUCAAAUAAUUAUUACGGCUACGGCGGCAUCCCCCCCAUGGUGGAACCCAAGAUGCUUUUUGAAGACGGCGGAGGUGACCUGCAAAGCCAUGCGGAGUCUGCCGGGUACGGAAGUAGUACUCGUACCUCGCACACUGCUUCUCGCGGCGGCUAUCCCCGCCCAUCCCUCGGCUCGUCACCUAUGCCACCUAUGCCGGCACCCGCCGCCGCAGGAGGGGGGGUUAUAUCCUCCUUCGGUACUUCCCCUGGCUCCUACUCGCCGUGGACUGAAGUCUCCAUGUCCAUGUCAGGACUGGGCUCUUCUGGAACGGGAACCACGCCUGCUACUUUAAGUAGCGAUCCUAGCCCCGGUACUGGGACUGGAGGAACUGUCCCUGGAAAGGUUAUUCAUGUUCAUGGUCAUGAAGAAGUUGCUGCGGGAGACGACGGGGGGGAAUUCUACGACGAAGCAAGGGGUAGUGGUAGUGUAUCCUCGACGGAGAGGCUGCUAGAGGGCGUGGAACCGAGUUUCUUUAGUGUGGUGAUGGGGCCGAGGAGGGCGUUGAGGGUGGUUAAUGGGUUGGAGGAGGAGUUGGAUGAGAAGAAUGGGGGUAAUGUACUGCAGAGGGGGGGUCAGGCGAGACGGGGGUCUUGAGUUUAUUAAAUGACGGAAUGGAAUCACGCGUACACGCAAGGAAGGAUAAGUUUGUUGUUAUUGCUUGGUUGAUUUCUUCUUUGUUCUUUGAUAAUAUCACGGUUGCUCGCUCGUUGAAUAGCUUUGCUUGAUACCCAUUAUAGUCAAAAUCGCCUAUAUGUAUUUAUAUGCCUAGUUGUCAUAUUCGUUACACUAUACUGAUAUCCUCCCUUAGUUGAGCUCUCGCUCCAAGCCUGCGUUGGUAUCUACCCGUCAAAAUGCAUCAUGCUCCAAAAAUCGAGAAAACCGAGGAGACGCCUUAUGUACAGA